CGGGCGGGCGGCGACUCCAUGGUGCCGGCGGACCGGCCGCACGGUUGUGCACCAUGUGGAAGCUUCCUUCUUUUCUGGCUCGGACGCUCACUUCUGGGACCAAUGGCUUGCCAUUGCUUCCAGACAUGGCUGAAGGACACUUACCCAUUCAUGUGAAUAAUGGUUUGGACUCGAGGUUUUUCAGAGCUUUUUACGUCUCUAAAGCUGAAAAGGAAGAUGAACCUAGUUUAAACCGAGACAGAGAAAGUGCUGUUUAUUCCCCCUCCAUCCCAGCACAGUCUGCACGCUAUUGGAAAAUUGAGGUUUUGUGUUCUAGAAGCUAUGACAGUGUUUCUGCUAACACUGUGUUAAUCAAUGCAUGCUAUGGCAUCUUCACAGGUGGAGUACUCCUUUGUUGCUUGCUGCCAGCCGAGAUAGAUAAGCACAAAUCCCAAACUGUGUUCCCACAAGUGCGAAGCAGAUUGAGGGAUAUAGUGGGAGCAUCUACCAACUGGAGGGAUCAUGUGCAAGCAAUGCAAGAAAGAAAAGCUCUCCAUACUUUACUGGCAAAACGUCAGGAAGAUCUCCCCCCUAGAAGAAUGAAAGAUAGCUAUUUGGAAGUUAUUCUGCCUCUAGGAAGUCAACCUCAAAUAAGAGAGAAGUAUCUGAAUGUAUACAACAGUGUAAGGUUUGGAAGGAUACUUGAAGAUCUUGACAGUUUAGGAGUUCUUAUUUGCUAUACUCACACCAAGCAGGAAACACAGCCAAGGUCUCCCUUAUCGAUAGUUACAGCCCUGGUAGAUAAAAUUAAUCUGCGCAAGAAGGUCGUACUCCCUGACUGUGACAUCAAAUUCACAGGCAAUGUUUCUUGGGUUGGAAAGACCUCAAUGGAAGUAAAGAUGCACAUGCUGCAGUUGCAUGACGGUGAUUACUGCCCUGUGUUAGAUGCAACCUUUGUCAUGGUGGCCCGGGACCCAGAAAACAAACGGCCGGCAUUUGUUAACCCACUCAUUCCUGAGAGCCCUGAGGAAGAAGAAAUCUUCAAGCAAGGGGAAAUGAACAAGUUAAAGAGGAUUGAUUUCAGCACUGCUUCCUUACUGAAAAUGGCUCCCACUGCAGAAGAAAGAAACAUUGUUCACGACAUAUUCCUUAAUACAUUGGACACAAGGACAGUAAGUUUUAGGAGUCGUAUAUUACCACCCAAUUCAGUGUGGAUGGAAGAUGCAAAGCUAAAGGGCCUACAGAUCUGCCAUCCUCAGGAGCGGAACAUCUUCAAUAGGAUCUUUGGGGGUUUUCUAAUGAGAAAGGCAUUUGAACUGGGAUGGGCAACUGCUUGCAGCUGUGGGGGUUCCAGACCUUUUAUUGUAUCUGUUGAUGAUAUCAUGUUUCAGAGGCCAGUUGAGGUUGGAUCCUUAUUACUGCUUUCUGGACAGGUCUGUUACACGGAGAAAAACUACAUCCAGGUUCGAGUGCACAGUGAGGUGUAUGAUGCAGAUACUAGAGAGCACCACACAACCAACAUCUUCCAUUUUACAUUUAUGUCAGAAAACGAGGUCCCACGUGUUGUCCCCAAAACAUACGGAGAGUCCAUGUUGUAUUUAGAUGGGAAGCGACACUUUGCUGCAACCAUGAAAGAAAUCUGAGAGGCACUGAGAGCUGCAUCAGCAGUGGAUCAGCAUACUGUCUUAGAACGAAUGAGUCAUAGCCACGGAUGGCUAACAAACAAGUGUUCUCAAUACUAAACCAAAAUAA